CCUUUGGCCGCCCAAGAAGCCACUUAGAUAGUCCCUUCUUCCAGGUUCGGUUUUACGUUAAAUAAAUAACCGUUAAACUGCUCGCUAAUUGCAACCACCGGAAAUUUAGCGGCAAAGCGAUGCCGGUGCGAGUUGAGAGCUCAACGCCUUCUCAAAUUUCAGGUGCUGAUCCUAGGCAGACCACUCCUCAAGCUUGUACACUGUUGAGUGUUGGACAGGCCUUCUCCGGUACUCAGAAUGUCUCUAAUAAUCAAAAGGAUGAGGCAUGGAGGGUGAAUGUACGAAUACAGGGAUUGGACCUUGAACAUGGGUACCUCUGUGGCACGAUGGAGGCUCUUAAUGUUCCUAUGGCGGACACACCGGUAGUAACCUUUUGGGAAGGAGAAAUUGUGGAUGGCAAGAAUUAUAAUUUCUUCACUGGAAAAUGGCAAGCAGCACCAGAAGAUGAUAUAAGGCACUGGACCAAAUUUCCGUCAUUUGCUCCCCUGAUGAACCAGGUGGAAGUUGAUGGCGGAAAAUCUUUGGACCUUAGUAAUUAUCCAUGCAUCUUUAUGAGAUGGAAAGAGCAAUACUUUGUGAAUGUUGGAACCGAUUGUGGGUUAACUAUAGCUGGCUUUUAUUAUGUUUGCUUCUCUUGUAGUGACGGUUCUAUCAAUGGCUUCUACUAUGACCCUAAUAGUAGCCCAUUUCAGAAGCUUGAACUUAAAUCCACAAACGAGGGAAGAUCAGGUUUCAGCUUCUCAUCGUACGUGCUGCAAUGACCCUAGGUGGGAAAUUCCUUAAUACAAUUAUGGUUGGUUUAACUUAUUGCUAUAUAUGAAUUCCAUGGUUUUCCUGCUUCAAACCACUGAAGUUAAAGCAGGGGCUUAGUGAUACCGAGAUUUUGCUUCGACAUUUGGAGACUCGCCAUGAAAGUUAAUGGGAAAGGUCCAGUGUACCAAGUUCGGUUUAUGAAAAUUUUGGUCCCAAAAGUUGCAGGAUUGAAGACUCAAGCUACAGGUUGUAAUGAUUCUAUCUCUGUUCUGUUGUUUGUUUCUCAAGUUUAUAAUUUCCUUUUUGGUGCACGUAGAUAUGUGAAAUUGUGGGAAUAUUGUACUACAUAUGGUAAGAAGUUUUGAGAUUGUAUGUGUGGGAACAAUAAUGGCAAAAGCAAAAGAGAACAGCCAUUUAUGGAUGAAUGCUGGGUCACUCACA